CGCUGCCCGCCCACUGCGACACCGCUUCUCACGGGAACUCCCGCUCGCCUCAGACACCGCGCUGCCUACAUGCAUCUCGGUCGGGCCGGGAAUGGGAAGGAAGGAAAGGCGGGAAAGGCAGAAAAGAAAGAAGGGAACGGCCGCCUCACCUGCUCCCGGCAGCCCCGCAGUCCCCACAGGAGGCGGCAGCGCCGCUGCCCCGCCCCCUCCUCUCCCUCCCGCCACUUCCGGGGGCGCCACAAAAGUCUCGGGGCGCCACCGGGGCCGUGGCUGUGGCUGGUCUGGCCAGGAAACUGUGGCCCCCGCGACGGGCCUUGCCGGUACCUCUGCCGGAGCAGGUGAGAUCGUGGUGUUGAGAAGUACAUCUGUGUUAGUUCUGUCAGAAAACAAGUUGUUCUAUGUUGGGAAAGACAGAAAGCAAAUGCGCCUGGUAAUUGUUUCCGAUGAAGAGAAGAAAAAAGUCCUCGAGAAAUGCCACAAAAAUGCUGCUGGCACUCAUCAUGGUAUAUCAAGGACACUGACUUUAGUGGAGUCUAAUUACUACUGGACCUCUGUAACAAAUGAUGUCAAGCAGUGGGUGCAUGCUUGCCAGCAUUGCCAGGUGGCAAAGAACAUAGCCACCAGAGUACCCAAAAUACACCCUAUCAAAGCAGAGGACCCAUGGACAGCAGUCACUAUAGAACUAAUGGGACCUUUCAAUGUUACCAACAGAAGUCACAAAUACAUCAUAAUUAUGACAGAUUUGUUUACAAGAUGGACUGUUAUCUUACCACUGCAUGACACUUCAGCAGCUGAAAUUGCUAAGGCAAUCAUAAACAUGUUUUUCUUAUAUGGGCCACCUGAAAAGAUGCCUAUUGAUCAGGGGAAGGAGCUUGUUUAUCAGAUAAAUGAAGAACUGUUUGCACUCUUUGGAAUGAAGCAAAUUGUAAUGUCUUAUCCUCAGACACAUGAUGUAAAUGAAAGAAUGUCCAAGACAAUCAAAACUUUCCUUAAUAAGUAUUGCAUAGACCAUCCAAAUGAUUGGGAUGAGCAUUUAUCUGCUAUAGCCUAUGCUUUCAAUUUGACAAAUUUGGAGCCAGAUCAAAACACCCCAUAUUUCCAAAUGUUCAACCGUAACCCACGUGUUGUUGAGCCCAUGAAUACAUGUGUGGAAGGAGAAUACAGUAGUUUUGCCAAAAUAUUUGAAGCAACUAAAAAACAAAGUCAAGCACUGGAAGAAGAGAAAACCUCAGAUUGCCAGGCAGAUAAAAAAACUUCAGAUGAACAAAAAAUCAGAACCAAAAUCACAGUCAAAAGGAAGUCAAAACAAUUAAAUACCCUUCAACUUAAAGUUGGUCAUGAAGUCCUCAGGCAAAGAAAAAACUGGUGGAAAGAUGGUCGUUUCCAGUCAGAAUGGAUUGGUCCUUGUAUCAUAGAUUACAUCACAGAAAAUGGCUGUGCAAUAUUAAGAGAUUCCACAGGAUCCAGGCUGAAAAGACCCAUCAAGAUGUCUCACCUCAAGCCGUAUAUAAGAGGGUCCAGUGAAAAAGGCAACCAUUACAUUCUACAAGGUGCAGUAGUUUUUGACCAUGACUAUAUUGGCUUAUCUGAAAGAUCUAAUAAUUCAAGACAAGCAGACUCUGUUGCUGAAAAAGAAAUAAAUGCUUACAAAAGGGAUAUCAUGUCUGCUGUACAGAUUCCACCUGCAGCCUGCAAAGACCAAGAAUCAGCAGAUGGUAAACAGGAAUCUGAGCUGAGAGAAGAUCAUUGCAUUGAACCAAACACUGCAGAGCCAGAGCAAUGGCCAUCACCUUGUUGGACCCUUCAGACAAAGACAGAGGAUACUUAAGCAUGGUCUUCUAUCACAUUUCAUUGCCAAGCAGUUUGGAUCUACUGUGGCAAACUGAAAAAAAAAAUUAAUAGCUCCAACAUCCUUAGCCCAAUCCACUUUACUCCUUUAUGAAUCCAGGAGUACUUCAGGUAUCUAGUUUGUCUGGGUGUUAAGAAAAAGCACUAGUAAAAGCACAUAUUCUGAUCAUGCAUUUAAAUUCCAUAUUUUGUUGGUAGAAUGGCAAUGUGGCCAUGCCUUAAUGUUAUCUUCUCAGGACACAAGGCAUAAUUUCACUGUAAUGACCUUUUCCAUUCAAUCCUUGGAUGACAUAUUCCUAAUGUGCACUGUGAGAUUAAUUAAACCUAAGCAAGUUGGUGUAAAUCUUUCCUCCACUACAGAGAAGCUCAUGCCUUCCUUUUCCUGUUAUAUAAGAAUUUUCUAUUCAUUUUGAGAAGCUGCAUCAUCUGACUUGUACAACUUUUAAUUUCUAAUCUAUUCCAUUUAAAAUCUCACAAAACAAUAAAACUGCCAAAAUCAAA